GGUAAGGUCAAAGGUCUUUUUGAGGUCAUUGUUAUGGCAUCACUCCACAACCGUAAGUCACUUUUGAACCAAUUAACUUGGGUUGUAGCUGUACUGAGGAGACCUUGUGUUCAGAGGUCAUUUUGAGGUCAACAUUAAAGUUUAUGCACAAGACUAUUAUGUCAAAUGUUAUUCCAUCCCAGUUAUUUUACUAUGAACUUUUGAUACAAUUCUGUUGCGUGCCCUUGCAUAUUACGAUAUUUCUGGUUACUUUUACAAGUGGGCGAGACACUACAUCAUUUAUGCCUUGUUGUUUGUACUGUCCUCAAGUUGUGCCAUUGUGCCAAAGAACCGGAACCCUGUGUUUGGCGUUUUUAUUUUGGGUCCUUCCUCCCAGCCGUAUGACUUUCAUAAUCCUAACUCCCUCCAUGUGGCAGCCUGUAUAGUUUUCUUUUAGUCUAGACUUGUAUACAUUAUGUGUAUUUAUUUGUUACAUUUCCCUUUUGCUGGUGCAGGGUGCAGCUUGUCAUAAAAAAACCUUUGAUCAGAAGCUUCAAUCAUGGGUGCAUUUGCGAGUCUGUUUAAAAACCUAUUUGGGAAGAAGGAGAUGAGGAUAUUGAUGGUUGGUCUGGAUGCUGCUGGUAAAACAACAAUUCUAUAUAAACUCAAACUAGGUGAAAUUGUCACAACCAUUCCAACAAUUGGUUUCAAUGUUGAGACUGUGGAGUACAAGAACAUCAGCUUUACAGUGUGGGAUGUCGGCGGUCAGGAUAAGAUCAGACCGUUAUGGCGUCACUACUUCCAAAAUACACAAGGUCUCAUAUUUGUAAUAGAUAGCAAUGACAGGGAAAGAAUGAUUGAAGCAAAGGAAGAACUCCAUAGAAUGCUGAAUGAAGAUGAACUACGAGAUGCAGUCCUCUUAGUGUUUGCAAACAAACAGGAUUUGCCAAACGCAGCCAAUGCAUCUGAAAUCACAGAAAACCUGGGCUUGAAGUCACUGCAUAAUCGGAAAUGGUUCAUCCAGUCAACUUGCGCUACAUCUGGAGAUGGUCUCUAUGAAGGUCUGGAUUGGUUGUCCAGAGAAUUGAAGAAUUAAAGAGAGUUUUUGCUUCCUAUAGCGUGGAUACAAUCAACUAGGUGUACAAUGGACAUAGCUAAUGAGUCUAAUGGCUCUUUGCCCGCUUUGUUCGACUAGGGUCACAUACAGCAGACUGCCAAGUUCAACUCAAGUCACAUUCUAUUCACAAUACACACAGGGUGCAUUGAAUCUAUUGUUCAUACUCACAAACACAAUAGUGAUGUGUGCAUCGCAUUGUACUGUGUACACACCAAGCUUUUCUUUACAAUAAACCAAUCAAAAGCUAUUUUGAGCUGAAAUAGCUUAGUCCGUGCAAACCCCUCUUCAGGUGGCACCUUGAAUUUAAUGUGGCGCAGGAGUGAUUCUGUCCAUGGCGGGCAAAGAGUUAAAUAGAACAUCUACUCUGAUAUGAAGAACGUUUCCAGAACUAGAAGAAAAUAGAGACGAAUAGCAGAGUCACAUUUUAAAGCUGAUUCAGUUUAAGGAAAACCCUCCGAUUUUUAUUCAUUUAUCGAAGCUUUCAUUUAAAAUGCAUUUUUAUUAGAAUUUUCUGAGACUGUCGAUGAUCUGUCAUAUAUUCACUUUUCUGCAGUUUAUGUGGAAACCAAUUUGAUAUCAGAGUGACUUCUAUUUAAGGCAGUUUGGGUAGCGAAAAAGAAGAGUGGCACAAGACUGAUAGGAUGCUUUGUGUCCAAAACCAGAACAUCCAAAAUCAAGAUCAGAUUUGUUAGCAAUCAAUAUCUUUAUCAUGUGACCUAGCUUAAUCACAUUUCUUAUGAUUUACCUUUAUCUGUUUCUUUUUAAGGCAUUUAAAAUGGAUAAAUUUCCAAAGUGCGUUAAAUGUAUAUUGUUUUUUUGUAAAUUUUUAUUAUCAAAUUAUUAAGCUUCAUGCUUGAAAUUUAUCCAUCCUAGCGAUGUAAUAGUACCUAACAAGACAUGAUACUUUGUAUGAUUGUGAUGUAAGUGAUGGCAGUUGAAAUUUUAGUCAAAUGUCCUGCACUAUGUGCUUGCAAAAACAAAACAACCCCCCCCCCAAAAAAAAAAACAUCAGGAAAAACACUGGAAAUAUGCAGUUGGGGAAAACAAUAAUCAGGCAUAUUACAAAUUGACCUAAAAUUUAUAUCAUGUGAAAUAUUUUAAACUCAUUUAAAGGACAAGUCCACGCCAACAAAAACUUGACUUGAAUAAAAAAUAAAAAGCAUAACACUGAAAGUUUUAUCAAAAUCGGAUGUAAAAUAAGAAAGUUAUGACAUUCUGAAGUUUCACUUAAUUUCACAAAACAGUUAUAUGCACUUCCUAGUGAGUAUGCAAAUGAGGUGACUGAUGAAAUCAUCCACUCACUAUUUAAAAUAUGAAAUUUUCCAAUUUUCUCCACAUUACUAUGUGAAAUAAAGUUUAUUUCCUCCCUGAACAUGUGGAAUAACCAUUGUUUUAAUGUUUAAUGGUUCAGUCAAAUUGGUCAUUACUGUCAAACCUUUAAAAAUGGAAAUAUUGUAUAAUUCACACCAUAAAAAAUAAAAGAAAUAAUGAGUGAGGGACAUCAUUGACUCCUUUUUGAAAUAUCACAGAGUUGUGCAUAAAACUGUUAUGUGAAAAAUAGGCGAAAGUUUAGAAUGUCAUAACUCUCUUAAUUUAUAUCCGAUUUUAAAGAAAUUUUAAGCUGUACAUAUGGUUGUUUGAUUUUCCUCUAUUGAUUCAAAUGAAAAUUUUUCUGGGGUAGACUUGACCUUUAAUUACAUAUAUACAAAAAAGUUACUCUACCUAGUGAGUAGCAGAAAAUUUACUUCCAGAAAAGGUCUUAUAAACUCUUAUAUGAGUCGUUCUUGUAAUGUGAAGUUACGUGUAGAAUAUAAAACUUUUUUUAUCCCCAAUCUUUUUAAAUCAUUUUCAUGUGGACUGCGUUCAUGUUUGAAGACGAUGCAAAUUUAUUAUAUUUUAUUUUCAUAUUGUACAGCCCAAACACCAGUGAUAAUUCUGACAUCUCAUGUAGCACUUAACCUGUUGGAGAUUGAAUGAAUUGACUCUAACACAUGUUUCCAUAGACUCCAGCCUGCAUAUAGGCAGGCUCUGUCUCCAUCGGGUUAAGAUUGAUACUGUUUGUAAUCAAGUAUAAUCUAGUAAUAUUUUGUCAUGUUGACUUAUCAUUACAUUGAUAUGGUGAGAUAUGUUAUCUUGCCAUGUCGACAUAUAAAAAGUUGUAUGCCGACAUGGUGAGAUAUGUUUCCCGCCAAGUAAACUUAUAAAAAUGUUUAUGUCGAUGUGGUGAGAUACAUAAUCUUGCCAGAUUGACUUAUAAAAAGUUGUAUAAAACAUGGUGAGAUACAUUUUCUUGCAAGCUCUACUUGUAAAAACUUGUAUGUUGCCAUGAUGAGGUAGGUGGAAGAGAGAAAUAAUGUAACCAGGGGGCCGUUUCAUAAAGCUGUUUGUAAGUUAAGAGCGACUUUAAGAACGACUGGUGAACGUUUCUUAUGCACUUAACCAUCGCCAAUGAAUAUACCAUUUGCCACAAGAAAGGAUUACCAGUUGUUCUUAAAGUCGCUCUUAAUUUACGAACAGCUUUAUGAAACACCCACCCGCUAUGACAAGAAACUUUUUGUAAGUCAACUUGGCAGAAUCUCACAUUGUCGACAUAAAAACGCUAUUGAGUCAACUUUGCAGGAUAAAGUAUCUUGAGUCGCUUUAAAAUGCCAUUGGUGUGAUCAUAAUUUUUGUGCUAAUGUUUUAAAUCUAGUGCUAUCUUUUUACUUGAUUCAUUGAAUGACUCACGUUAUCUCUGCUUUUUUCUGUCUGUUUAAUUGUGCAUUGUAGGUUUUUUUUAAUGAAAAAGUUUAAUUGAAAAUAUAUGUACAUAUCUAUAUUUA